AGGUAUCCGCUUGUUAGGAUCCAUGCUAGCCAUGUCAAUUUUGUCACAAGGCUAGUUAGAAAAGUGAUAUUUUGCAAGUUUUUAUUCAGUUAUUAAUUAAAUUAGUGCCGUAUAAGGUUUCUUUCUGUUACAGUUAAUUGGUUUGUGUAAAAUAUACAGGAAUAAUGUGGCUACAGGAAGUGGAAGAGGUAUUCAAAGGCUAUUUGCCAUACUACAUUUUAAUCUUUCUGCCAAUAUUCAUCAUAGUUUCUCCAGCUAAUCCUGUGCUGGCCUCAUCUGAAUUUCCAGUAUAUAGAAUGCCACAUUAUGAUUUACAUGGAAUACCUCAUGGUUGUAGAAGUGCGGGUAUAAAUUUAGAAGCCAAAUCGCUGACUAAUUGGAAUAAUGCUAGACAUUGUGUAGUAACUAACUUUAAGUCAUUGACUGUUGAUAGUUUUAAAAAUAUCAAAUCGAAAGCUGGAGCCCUAUUGGCAAUGUUACCAGAACAUUUAUCAACUUUAUCAGCAGAAGAGUAUCAGCACCUUCUUCUAUUAGAAAACAUAAUUUUGGCACAAGAGGUCACGAUUCCAGUAUAUUUCGUAAAAUAUUCUCCAGAAUUAAAAUCCAUAAUAGAAGACGUUGAAAGCAACAUUGAAGACAAUCUGAGCAAGUCAGCAACUGAAGCUAUGAUAAACUCUAUAGCAGGUAAUGGAUACCAGAUAAUUAUUUCUGCUAGUACUCCCACUGUCAGAACUGAUGCUAGGAUUGCUACCAUACAUGGACAGUUGUCUGGUUAUAGCGCCGAUGGAAAAAUUCCUACCAUAGCUGUAGUUGCCUACUACGAUAGUUUUGGGGUAGCACCUGACUUGUCAUUUGGAGCUGAUUCAAACGGAUCGGGAGUUGCAAUCCUUUUGGAAUUAGUCAGAAUAUUUUCUACUCUUUAUGCAGAACAAAAAACCCGUGGACGAUAUAACAUAGUUUUUGUUUUAUCCGGGGGUGGAAAGAUGAAUUACCAAGGAAGUAAAAAAUGGUUAGAGGAACAGUUGGAUUCUGUGGACGGAUCUAUAAUACAGGAAGUUUCAUACGUCAUGUGCCUUGAUACGUUGGCAGCCAAUGACUCGAUUUACUUGCACGUUUCAAAGCCUCCCAAGGAGGGGUCACCAACAUCACAAUUUUAUAAAGAAUUAAAAUCUGCAGCCAGCACUAUACAACCAUCCGUUUCCGUGGAAGGAGUACAUAAAAAAAUCAAUCUGGCAGAUGAUAUUUUAGGAUGGGAACAUGAACGAUUUAGUAUAAGAAGGCUCCCAGCUUUUACGGUAUCUACAUUAAAAACCCACAGAGACUUUAGAAAAUCGACAAUAAUGGAUACGUGGGGCAAUUUAAAUAUGGAGAGGUUGGUGAAAAAUACCAAUAUCGUUGCAGAAGCAUUAGCUAGACAUAUUUAUGGUGAAUCUUAUGAAUCCGUUUUCGGAAGUUCUUUGAAAAUAAGUAGAAAAAAUGUUGAAAGUUGGGCCAAUACUAUAUCUAGUGAAGCUCGAUCGCCUCAGUUAAUAAGUACAAAAGACAAUCCCUUGGUAGCCUCAUUUAAACAAACGUUUAAUGAAUUUUUAAGGGAAGUUAAAGUGACAGUAGCCGUACCUGACAAAAGGGAUCCAGAUUUCCAAUUUUACCAUAACACCGGGGGAACCGUUAACGUUUACAGCGUUAAACCAGCUAUAUUCGACCUCGUAUUGACUAUUGCUAUCGUAUUGUACCUGGUAAUAAUAUAUUUUUUGAUAGAACGCUUUCCUGCAUUGUACAAAAUAGCCUGUUCGUUCACGGCCAACAACAAAAAGAUCAAAAACAAUUAAUCUAAUAUUCAGGCCCAUUCUGUAACUAUAAAUCGAAUAGAAAUGAGUCAAAUCAAGUCAGCAAGUCGAAUCGGAAUUUGUAGGAAUUGGUAUUCUGUAACUCAUCUCGACCUCUACUAUUAAAACGUUCGGUAGACUAGUCCAGGGUAAUAAGGUUUUUCCCAUGACACUCGAGCAGCCAGGGUACUGACGCAUUUUUUCGACAGGUAAUACCUAUAAGAGCAAAUUGUAACUAUUUCCUGCGUAGGAUCUGGCGGCCAUUUUUAUUUAUAUACAAUUAAGUGUCAAAAAAAUGGCAUUUUUCCCUUUUUUUCAAAUCAAUGGUAAACAGUGAAACCUAUGGUUUUUUUAGUACAAAUAUCUUUGAGAUUAUGGAAAAAGCUUUAAAAUGACGUAUUACAAAGUUUGAUACAUUCAUUUAUUGUUAAUAUAAUUGCGAAAAAAGGUUGGAAUUGCAAAAAAAAAUAAUUUCAGAAUAUCUAUUGUAAAAAUUAGUGUAAAGCUUUGAAAUUUUUGUCAUAUAAGGGUUCUUUGGUGCUUAAUAUGUGAUAAAAAUUUCAAAGCGAUUCAUUCAAUUGUUUAAAUUUUAUUCAAAUUGUUUAUCCCAGAGAGAAUUUUUUUUUUGCAAUAACAUAAGUCAGAAAAAAAUGACGUUAGAACCAUUCCACAGGUGUCAAAUGAAAGAGCAUGAGCUAUAUUUUCAACUUGGUUUAAAAAAAGCGAAUAAAAAAUGCAUUUAUUAGUAAUAAAUAAUUAUGCAAAAGUAUCGUAAAUUUUUCCUUAUAAACUUUUUAUUUUGUUAUAUAAGAAAUUAUUUAUAUUUAUUACAAUUUUUUAUCAAUUAUGAUAUAAAUAACAUUACUUGGUAGUUUUGCACUUAAAACAGGGUAAAAAAGUUAAUUUUUUUGGAAAAAGUUAUUCAAAAAGUUUAUAAGGAAAGAUUUACGAUUCUUUUGCAUAAUUAUUUAUUAUUAAUAAAUGCAUUUUUUAUUCGCUUUUUUUAAACCAAGUUGAAAAUAUAGCUCAAGCUCUUCCAUUUGACACCUGAGGAAUGGUUCUAAUGUCAUUUUUUUCUGACGUAUGUUAUUGCAAAAAAAAAUGCUCUCUGAGAUAAACAAUUCGAAUAAAAUUUAAACAAUUGAAUGGAUCGCUUUGAAAUUUUUAUCACAUAUUAAGCACCAAAGAACCAUCAAUUAACAAAAAUUUCAAACCUACUAAUUUUUACAACAGUUAUUGCAAAAAUAAUUUUUUUUCAAUUCCGACCUUUUUUCGCAAUUAUAUUAACAAUAAAUGAGUAUAUCAACCUUUGUAAUAUGUCAUUUUAAAGCUUUUUCCAUAAUCUCAAAGAUAUUUGAACUAAAAAAAUCAUAAGUUUCACUGUUUUCCAUUGAUUUGAAAAAAAAAGGGAGAAAUGCCAAUUUUUGACAGUUAAUUGUUUAUAAAUAAAAAUGGCCACCAGAUCCUACGCAGGAAAUAGUUACAAUUUGUUCCUAUAGGUAUUACUUGUCUAAAAAACGCUUUAGUACCCUGGCUGCUGAAGUGUCACGAACAGGGUAUAUUUUUGUUUUAUUACCCUGGCCUAGAAAUGGAUUUCGACUAGACAAGCCCUGGCGAGAUCACAUUUCGACAUCGUUAUUGGUCUUGACGCUUGCGCAUUGGCAUUAUUAUUGUUAUUUUAACGUUUUUUUUGUUAAAUUAGCGAUUUUAGUCUGCGUUGUUAUUUAUUUAGAUGAUUGUAUAUUUAAUUUUAUAUACCAAUAAUUAUACAGCAUCAAGGUUAAGAGCAAACAGUAGCGAUCAACAGGUAGCAACUUCGGGAGAUAGUAUCAUACCUUUUUUCGUAAGGUCUGCGAAAGUUUGGCAACAGUGGUAAUCUUUGACAUUAUCUAAGAUUAAUAUUUUGACAAUUUAUCUCAUAGGCGCGCUUAAUGGAAGUAAUAGAAAACAAUUUUGUUAUUAGUAAAUAAAUAUUUAUAAAAAUAAACCAAAAUGAAAAUGGGUGAAAAUUUUAUGUUAACAUAGGUAUUUGCACGAAAUAAUAAUAAUAAAUAAUAAUUUCGUUGUGAAGCGAAACGAAAAAAUGCGAAAAUUUUUCUAUUUUGUUAAACUAUUGAUAAUAUUUUUAGAAUAAAAAAUCCUCCUAAAACUUUAUAUACUCACAUUAAAAUUCGAAAUAUUUUUACGUAAAAUAUACUUACCUACCUACAUAUAACUAAAACUCACAAUUAACAACAAUCUAUUCUUUCAAAGAGACCAACAACUUAUACAACAACAACAAAAAUAUAAUAAAUUAACUAUCAAUAAACACUACUUUCCUAUGAAACAACAAUAACGAGAAUUUUAGUAGUUCCAAGAUUACACAAAAUCUAGGCAUGGGAUAAAAAAGUUUAUUUGAAGAAAGUUUAUUUUUUUGUUCUUCUUAAUGGCGGUAGAGGCUCGUUUUUUGAACGAAAACUUUUCGUUUAUAAAUUCGCAAAAUCUGUGUGUUAUUGCGUUGCCGCUUCUGCAAUACUUGGAGCAGAUUUAUCGAUGGAUUCUUAUGUAGUUUUGUCUUCUGAAUCAAAAUCUGAAAACGGCAUUUCGAUAUCUCUAAUCGUUUCCGAGAUAA